AUGCUCUCUCUAGUCCGCGCCGCCUCCCUUGCUCUCGUCUUCCUCUCCGCGCUCUCCGCGGUCCACGCGAAUCUUGCUCGUGCCGCUAUUGCGCGGUCCGAUGCGCUACGGGAUUUAUCCAACGGCGAGCGUAUGGCGCGCGGCCUCGGCCCCAAGCCUCCCAGACGACUCUACAGCACCGGAACCCACGUCGCGCGCGCCGCGCCGUCGGGCGUGGCGGGUACUUCACAAUCGGGGUCCAUCGGGGUGUACGCGGCUGGCGGGCAGUUCGUCGGGUACAUCGGAGCAUAUGGCAUCACGACCGUGCCCCCCGGCUCGGGCACCGCGAGUGCUGCGUGGACGUACUCGUACGCGAUGCCGGAUCCGGCCUCGUCCGUCGUCGAGCUCAACCGCCUAGGGACGCCCUUCCGCCUCUCCGCGGUCGCCAUCCGCUCAGGGCCGCAGGUGACUCUUGGUCCAGGCAACACGAUUUACCUCCAGCUGCAGAACAGCCGUGCGACCACCCCCGCCGGGUCGCCUCUCUCCACCUACGUGUACGACACCUACGCGAUCGGAUACGCGCAGACCACGGUGUUCUCCGUCGAUCCCAGCACCGGCCUGGUGACCGUCAAGUGGGUGAACCCCGACGGCAGCAUGCCAACCACGUACCUCGCCGUCUCUGGCAUGGGCCUCUACGUGACGGGAGAUCUGAGUGCGCUCGCCUCGCAGCUUGGCACGCCGGUGACUGAGGUGAACGUUUACUAUAUGUGA